UAGAGUAUUGAAUUCCGUUUUUAACUAGAUGCCUUCUUUCAGAAGCAGUGAAGAGGCUUUGAUCUCGUUGCCAUGGCAGCUGUCAGAAGCGCAGGGAGUAAACCAGCGGCUUGCUGCAGCCUGGCUGGCGCGAGACUUGUACAACUUUUGUUAUAAAUGCUUAACUUAUGACAGCUAAUCAUGACUUUCCGCUUGGAUACCUUACUUCGUUUCGUUUAACUAUUUUAGUUUCGAACGCUGUGGCUUGCUCUUAUGUUUUCCCCUUUGAUAUUCAAAUACAGCACUUUCUAAACUAAACUGGGGCGCGUAAAAUCACUAAGGAUGUCGCAGAGUUCAUAUGGCCGAAUGUUGGAUGCUGCUCAGGGAGCUUUGGAAAACCUUUUGGAGGAUGAAUAUCCCACAUUGGAGCUCCGUCCUCAAAAGGACCGCAUGCAGGUGUUUCAGACAUUGUCCACUUUCUACCUGCGCUACAUGAAGAUUUUCCAUGCCCUGGAGGAGGUUUACGAUCAGAUUGUUCAUCCCCAAAAGAGACGUGUUGUGCACCAGGUUCUUGACGGAGUGAUGGGACGACUGGUAGAGCUGAAGAAUGAGAUGGUGGAGCUGGAGCACUCUGAAUUUCACUACUUUGAUGACCUAUUGCAGGACUUCAAAAUGACACCUGAGGAUCUUGAGGUGCCUAUUCCACGUUAUUUUGUGAGAGAAAAGAUGAGGGCAUUGAAGGAGAGGGAGAAGAUGCUGGCCCAUAUUUUGUCUAAAGAAGGACGUCCAGAACAUAAAUCUGUGAAUAGACCUGUUCUGUCCAUGUCCAUGGAGAGGGCUGUGUGGCUGCUACAGGUCAGUGAGCGAGCACGGCAGGGAAGACUGAGAGCUCACUUCAUGAAGACAAUUCGGCUGGAGGAACAAAGAAGACAUCUGGGUUCUAGCGUGCUGGACCCUGACCAAGCAGCCACCUGCAUUCAAAAGGUUUGGCGGGGGUAUCGAGACAGGAGGAGGGUCAACAAGGAGUGUCUGGAGGAGAUGAUAUUUUUGGGAAUGAUUCCAGCCCAGCAGCAGACACUUAGUCCUUCCCAACUUCGUGCCCAGCAGGUGGAACGCAGGAGACACAUCAUUCAGGAGGAGCAUGAGGCUGAGUACCAGACAGCACUGGUCAACAUCAAAGAGUCAGUGCGAACUGUGGAUGGGGCAGAUAUUAAAGAAAGCCUGCAAGAACAAAUACGCCAGUGGUUUCUUGAGUGUCGAGAUGCCUCUGGGAAGUUUCCUGACUUUCCAAGUCCCGAGGAUGGAGGUUCUGCAUCCAUAUUUGCUCAGAAGACCCCUGAGCAGGUUGCAGCUGAGUUUGCUGCUAGGGAAGAAGAGAGGGAGAAGAAGAAAAAAUCGAAGAGCGAGAAGGACAAAAAAGUGAAUGACCGCAAAGAGAAGAAGAAAGGAAAGGCGAAAGGAAAAAGGGGGAAAGGAGAUACCGAGGAAGAAGAGACGGGAUGGAAGAUGACUCCCAGUAAUUUCCUUCCUACGGUAUUCAAGGGAGCCAAACUGUACAAAGAUGUUUGGCAAAACCGAGAUGAACAACAGAACUUUCUCCAACGUUUUGAUGCUCAGUUGGUGCGAGAGGAGAAGAGGCUAGAGGUUGAAGAGGAGCUCAGAGUUCAGGUGGACGAACUGAUGAGGCAGGAACUAAAGAAUCUUAAGCUGGUGGUGGACAGAGACAAGGGCAAGAAAAAGAAAAAAGUCAAGAAAAGCAGUAAAAAGAAAAAGAAGAAAGGGCGAAAGACUGGAAAGAAGAAGAAAAAGAAAGAGAAAGACCUUACAGCUGACAGGACCAUAGAAUCUCUAUAUGAGGAACUUGUCCUGGAAGGCUUCAUAAUCAGGCCAAUGAAUGUCAAGCUGUCAGAUUACAUAGGUGAAUACAGCUACCUGGGCACAACACUACGCCAAGCAGAUAUUGAGCCUAUGCCAUCUCUCUCAGACGUCAGACAGCUCAUCGCACUUUAUGGCAUCCUGCCUCUGGGUUCGCAGUGUGUCCAUGAAAGAGGGCCCCUGAUCCGAGCCCUGCUGCUCACCGGGCCGCAAGGUGUUGGAAAGAAGAUGCUAGUCCAUGCCCUGUGCACAGAGACUGGGGCAAACCUAUUCGACCUCUCCCCUUUAACGCUGGCUGGCAAAUAUCCAGGCAAAAGCGGACUGCAAUUACUGCUGCACAUGGUCUUCAAGGUGGCUCGCCAGCUGCAGCCCUCAGUCAUUUGGAUUGGUGACGCUGAGAAAACAUUCUACAAGAAAGUUCCAAAGCUGGAGAAAGAGACGGAACCCAAAAGACUAAAGAAAACCCUGCCGAAGAUCUUGAAAUCUAUCAAAGCAGAGGACCGUUUGUUAGUUGUGGGGACGUCACACAGACCUUUUGAUGCAGAUAUUAAACCUUUCUGUAAAGUUUACAAGAAGAUCAUUUUGAUCCCUAGACCAGAUUAUGCUUCAAGAUUUACUCUAUGGAAGGAGCUGCUUCAAGCACACGGUGCUCUGCUGGACCCUAAACUGGACCUGAGCUCUUUAGCUAAAGUUACCGAUGGUUACACACAGGGACACAUUCUUCAGGCCAUCCAAACCAUCCUAAUCCCCCACCGCCUGGAGCUGCAGGCCAAGAGACCCCUCACUGCGGUGGAGUUCAUCCCUCCUCUCGCAAGACAAGACCCUGUCUAUAAAGAAGAGGAAGAGAGCUUUAAGGCAUGGUACAGUCGGACACCUCUGGGCAAAAAACGAGCACGAGCAGCCAAAGCCAGUGAAGAACAGGCAAUUCUCAAAGGGAAAGGGAAAACUAAAGGAGGAAAAUUACAAAAGAAAGUGAAGGAGGGGAAGACUAAAAAGAAGAAGAAAAGAAGUGAAGAGCCCUAUUUUUAAAAAGAUUAGCAGCAGUUCUUGUUCUGUCCAGCAGAGGGCAUUAGCACCUUUUACAAAGCCUGUGUCUUAACUGUCAAAGUUUCUCAGUGUCUUUUUGUUUGCAUUAUGUCUUUCCUCAGGUUCCACUGUUGACUCUUUAUGAUAUUUCUUACUUGAAUUAAGUAUCUGAAGGAUUUUGGAUAACUACUGUAUUUUACUAUCAGGAUUUUGUGCAUGAAUGUUUGCACAUUUCAGAAUGUUCCAAUCUAAAACUGAAACUGGAUAAGUUCAAACUCUAUCAUCGUUGUGUAGAACGCAAGUGCAAAGCUGGGCCUAUUGUUUAAUAUUUAUUUUACAUGUGAUCUACUCAUUUUAUAAAGUCAUUUAUUAAAAUGUGAGUGCAAAUAAUA